AUGUCUUUCGAUAUCUUCUGGGAGAAAUUAGAUCAACAAGUCGCGCAGAACGUGCAAGAUUUGUUAAACAGUCAUUUCCGAAAUACCAAUAAUAAACCUUCUUUCAUAGGGGACAUUGAGAUUUCAGAAUUUGAUUUUGGAACAAUGCCACCAGUAAUUGAAAUUAUUGACAUGACAGAACCGUUUCCCGAGUUUUACUUACCCGACGACGAAGUUGAAGAAGCGCGUUCGGAAGCAGAUUUGCUGGGCAAUGAAGAAGCGGAACAACAGUCAGAUGAGCUCUAUAACCGGACGGAAGAAGAGGAAGAUAUUGUGCUUAAAAAAGAUACUGAUGCACAAGUUCACAUUUCAUUUUCUUAUCAGGGAAAUAUGCGAAUGACAGUGUCAACUGAACUACGAAUGAAUUAUCCUAGCAUGAUGUUUAUGAGUUUGCCAAUACGGCUGACGGUAACUGGUUUUAACUUUUCCGGUACCGGAAUAAUUGCUUAUCUUCGACGACGCGUAAAUUUUUGCUUUUUAGAGCCAAAAGAUCCUAAUGAGAGUUUAUUAAAAGAAGUGCAUAUUGAGUCAGAGGUCGGCGAUAAAGAAAAGCAAGUUCUCAAGAAUGUGGGUAAAAUUGAAAGAUUCAUUGUCGAUCAGCUACGUAAAGUAAUUGACGAAGAUUUUGUAUUUCCAAGCUAUUAUUCUGUUGAUUUGGAUUAA